UGCUGCGGCAAGAAGAGCCUCUCUUUUAACCUGGCUGCCUGUGACGAAGUGACUAAGACGUAUUCAUGGCCUCUAAAGAUGCACAGAGCCAAAGAAGCAGCGGUCUGCCUGGCUUUCUUCAGGGAGCUUCAGACCCAGACCACGGCCUUCGCAUCGUACCUUCCAAUCCGGGGGACCAAGUAUGGCAGCGGGGUCCCCCUCCGCCAGGGAACCUCCCUCCUGGUCUAGAGUAUUUAAGCCAGUUAGACCUGAUAAUUAUACACCAGCAGGUGGAACUUCUUGGAAUGAUACUAGGCACUGAGACCGCCAACAAAUAUGAGAUUAAAAACAGCUUGGGACAAAGACUAUACUUUGCAGUGGAGGAAAGCAUCUGCUUCAACCGUACUUUCUGUUCCACACUGCGAUCAUGCAUUCUGAAGAUCACCGAUAACUCAGGUCAAGAGGUGAUUACAGUCAACAGGCCCUUGAGGUGUAACAGCUGCUGGUGCCCUUGCUACCUACAAGAGUUAGAAAUCCAAGCCCCUCCUGGUUCUAUAGUUGGUUAUGUUGCACAGAAGUGGGACCCCUUUCUGCCUAAAUUCACAAUCCAAAAUGCAAACAAAGAAGAUAUUUUGAAAAUUGUUGGUCCUUGUGCAACAUGUGGCUGUUUUGGCGAUGUGGAUUUUGAGGUGAAGACCAUUAAUGAAAAGCUUACAAUUGGAAAGAUUUCCAAGUACUGGUCAGGCUUUGUGAACGAUGUUUUCACCAAUGCCGACAACUUUGGGAUUCACGUUCCUGCAGAUCUCGAUGUGACAGUCAAAGCAGCCAUGAUCGGUGCUUGCUUUCUCUUUGAUUUUAUGUUCUUUGAACAUUCACUGGCUGGAUUAUAACAAGCAAGAUGACAAAAGCAAUAAAAUAUGCAGAAUGUAUUUCAAAAUCCCCUGGGCUCUGGAUUUCAUUUCUGAAUGGUUUGACUAUUGGCUUUUUCUCUUUUUUUGUAACAAAAUGUUAAUUACUAUAUUUAUUAAAGCAUAAUGUAAUGAAGCA